CUCGAUACCACCGACAACCCACACCCAGUUCGCAGGAAGUGCCAUCACCACACUCCAGCACUCAAAAUGGCCCGUCGUCCCGCGAGAUGUUACCGCUACUGCAAGAACAAGCCUUACCCCAAGUCCCGGUUCAACCGUGGUGUUCCCGACCCUAAGAUUCGUAUCUUCGAUCUUGGUCGUAAGAAGGCUAACGUGGAUGACUUCCCCAUGUGUGUCCACCUCGUUUCCAACGAGUACGAGCAGCUCUCCUCCGAGGCUCUCGAGGCCGCCCGUAUUUGUGCCAACAAGUACCUCGUGAAGAUCGCCGGUAAGGAAGGUUUCCACCUGCGCGUCCGCGUCCACCCCUUCCACGUCGUCCGUAUCAACAAGAUGUUGUCUUGCGCUGGUGCCGAUCGUCUGCAGACCGGUAUGCGUGGUGCCUUCGGUAAGCCCCAGGGUCUCGUCGCCCGUGUGAACAUUGGCCAGAUCAUUCUGUCCGUCCGCACCCGUGACGCCCACCGCGCUACCGCUCUUGAGGCCCUCCGCCGCUCCAUGUACAAGUUCCCCGGCCGCCAAAAAAUCAUUGUCUCCAAGAACUGGGGUUUCACUCCCGUCCGCCGCGAGGACUACGUCCAGCUCCGCCAGGAGGGCAAGCUCCGCUCCGACGGUGCUUACGUUCAGUUCCUCCGUGGCCACGGUCUCAUCGAGGAGAACAUGAAGCGUUUCCCCGACGCCUACGAGAACCUUGCUUAG